AUGACGACGCUUGCAAAGAGAUCAUUGUCUCUCCUCUCCUUCAUAUACCUUGUAGCUUUUGCUCUUGCACAAGAUGUCCACGAUCAUGGCACUGAAGCAGGACACGAUCAUACUGCUGAAGCAGCCGCUGAAGAGGGUGAUUCGCAUGCUGGUCAUUCGCACCCUGAUAGCGCCGAGGAGUGUGUUGCGUCUGUUGAUGAUGACUACAACCUUGGCCUACGCAUUGGUGCCAUUUUCAUUAUCAUGGCUGCAUCAUUGCUCGGCGUAUUUGGUCCUAUUCUCCUUCAUCGUCUUAGCCCUUACGCAUCUGGAGGUUUCCGUUACUGGUUCUUGACCGUGUGCAAGUUCUGUGUUAUUCUUGCUGUUUCAUUCAUCCACAUGAUCCCUGAAGCUAGCGAAAGAUUUGAAAGCCCAUGUAUUGGUGACGGCUGGGAUGGCUUUGAAGGAUUCGUUGGUCUAUUUGCCUUGAUCGCUGUGUUCUUUAUCCAGCUGAUCGAGUUUUGUUUACUCACGCGUCUUCACAAGAAGGGCCAUUUGGAUGCUCAGGAAGCUGACACCAUGGGCAGUGGUGCUACCAAGGGUGAUAUUGAACAACCCCAAGUGAAUCAUUCCACCACCAUCGAACCUUCAAAGUUCCUUGAUCUUAGUACUAUCAUUCUCGAAAUUGGUCUCGUAGUCCAUUCCGUCAUUAUUGGAUUGACCCUUGGUUUUGCGGAUGGUGGUGAAUUCCGCGUGCUUCUCAUUGCUCUUGUAUUCCACCAGUUCUUUGAAGGCAUUGCCCUUGGUACUCGUAUCAAUGACAACAAGUACAAGUCGCUCCUCAAGCCUAUUCUCCUAGGUCUUGGCUUUGCUCUUACCACACCUAUCGGCACAGCUAUUGGUAUUGGUGUCAACAUGAGCAGCAACCCAUACUCGGCAUCCUCAGUGCUCGCACAGGCUAUUCUUGAUUCUUUGGCAGCUGGUAUCCUGCUUUACAACGCCUUUAUUUCUUUGAUUGCCAACGAGAUCAACAACAACACAAGCUUCUUCCACACAUCGCUCAUCUACAAGGUCGUAUGUUUCCUUUCCAUGUACAUUGGUGCUGGCCUUAUGUCUUUGCUCGGCAAGUGGGCUUAG